ACACAGGGUGCGGCAAUGUUCAGUCGAUUACUUGCGUUCGUCGUCUCCGUCGUCUUCGCCGUCACUGUUGUCGUUGUCAUCGUCGAUAGUCGUUUGUCGUCGUCGACAAGAUAAGUUAGUUAGAGUGAGAAAGAGUAACAAUGCGGCUUGUACUCGUUAUUCGUCGUGCUCUAAGCAAAAUUAUAAUUAGUCAUUUAUAGUAUAAGAGCGCGAAUUGCGUAUAAAAAUAUAUAUAUAUAAAUAUACACUUAUAUAUAUUUUUCAUAUUUAAAUAUAUAAGAAAUUGUGUUUAUCGUCAAAGUGGUUAACUCUUGUAGUCGUUGUUCGUAUAACUCGUAACAAAUUCGAUCGUUUAUAUCGUAAAAAAGAACCGAAAAUUUAUAUUCGUUUAUAAUUUUAACAGAGUUUACAUUUAAAUAUAAAAAAAGUGUUCAUCGUCAAGUGUAACUUUAUUCCGAUAGGAUUAUCUAAAUUAUAAUUCGUUCGUUCGUUCGUUCGUUCGUUUAUUCGUAGCGCGGCGAGGUUAUCGCUUUGAUGGUGCAUAAGAAUAGACCGAUGAAAAUUCUGUUGUACGCCUUUCGCACGGGGUGUGAGAUCAUAGUUGAAACAUUAUGACGGACGGUCGCCCUUGCUACGAUACGAAGGAUCGUUCCUUCCUUUUUCCUUCUAUUCAAAAAUUAUCCUAUAGCAUAUCGGAAAAUAAUCAAACAAGAGAUGAACGUACGUGAAACAAGUUAAAUUUAAUAACAUUGUCCUUGGUUAUUACAAAGUGAACACUUUAUUUAGACAGUUAGAUUAGUUUUUAAACGGAAGUUAUUUUUCGACACGAUUUUCACCAACGAUUGUUUUAACCAAAAAAUCAACGACCAUGAAGAAACAAUUUUUCAGGGUUAAACAGCUCGCCGAUCAAACUUUUUCCAGAGCGGGCAAAACAGAAGUUCUUACAGAUGAUUUACAAGCUGCAGACAAACACGUAGAGCAAAUUAGAGCAGCUCUUACCGGUUUAAGUAAAAGACUUGGUAAUCCACCUAAUCAAGCAAUUGCGCAGGAACCUGCAUUUAAGGAAAAACGUUUGAGAAAAUGCCCCGAAUACAUACUUGGACAAACAAUGUUAGAAAAUGCUACAGAAGAUGGUCUUAUGGGUUUUACUCUUUUAGAAUGUGGAAAGACACAAAUGUCAUUAGCUAAUGAGACUGUUGAACAUGAAGCAAAGGUUGAACAAUAUGUUGCAGCACCAUUACAACAUAUCUUAGAUACUGACAUUCCAAAUAUAUUGAAACAUAAGAGAAAUUUGGCACGAUUAAUUUUGGACAUGGACAGUGCAAGGACACGCUAUCAACAAGCUAGCAAGCAUAAUGCUGGAACCGGUGCAACAAAAGCAGAUAGCUUAAGAGAAGAUUUAGAAGAGGCUGAAUCUAAAGUUGAACAAUGUAGGGAUCAACUUGCUGCAGAAAUGUUUCAAUUGAUGUCAAGAGAAACAGAACUAGCGCAGACCAUCAUACAAUAUGUCAAAUUACAAAGAGCAUAUCACGCAAGUGUUUUACACUGUCUUGAAGAUCUUAUUCCUGGAUUAGAAACUUAUAUCAAUAAUAACGAAAUGAAACCUGUUUAUGGUUAUCCUCUUGAAGAACAUCUUAGAGUAACAAACAGGAAAAUAGCAUUACCUAUACAAUUAUGCGUAUCCGCAUUAUUGCGUUUAGGUAUGGAAGAAGAGGGUUUAUUUAGAGUAGCUGGUGCUGCAUCCAAAUCUCGCAGAAUUAAGUUGAGUUUAGAUGCAUGCUGUUUGACUUUAUCCACAGCUUUAGAAUACAAAGAUCCCCAUGUUAUCGCCGGUGCAUUAAAGUCUUAUUUACGUGAACUUCCAGAACCUCUAUUAACAUUUAAGUUGUACUCCGAAUGGAUGGCUGCUGCAAAAAUAACACAAAAUGAAUCUAGAUUACGUGCGCUUUGGGAAGUACUGCACAAGCUUCCAUCUGCAAACUUAGAAAACUUGCGGUUCCUAAUUAAAUUUUUAGCAGUAUUGAGCAAAAACCAAGACAUCAAUAAAAUGUCACCACAAAACAUAGCGAUCGUUAUUGGUCCUAACUUAAUUUGGAGUCCACAAGAAGAUAUAAAUACAAUAGUAAUGAAUAUGAGUACUACAAGUAUUUCUAGUCUUAUUGUGGAUCAGUUGAUUACAUAUGCAGAUUGGUUCUUCCCAGGUGAAAUAGAUUUUGAUCGUGAUUUAGAAAUUGGAAUAGUCAAUGGUUUGGAACCUCAAGUGAUUGGUAUGCGUCGCUGUGUUUCUAACAGUAGUCUGAGCGACCACGGUGAAAGUCCACCCCAAGGUAGUCCAAAGCCUGCCGCUCGUAGAAAAAAUAAACCAGCGCCAACACCACCGAGUGGUACAACACCUGAUAAAAGUGAUAAGAAGUGUGAUGAUAAACCACCUCCGGCUCCAGAUAAGCCACCCAGACCUUUAAUGUCAGCUACGCUUAAUCGGGCAACGUAUAAGGCACAAAAGCAUGAAGUUAAUACAGAAUUACUGACGAGACAUGAAACUAAUGUAGAAAAAGUUGAAAAAAAUCCAGAAAUCGAAAUAAAACAUAUAGGAUUUGAAGGAAUACAAGCUCAGGUAGAUAUUCAAGCUUCGGAUAACAGUGAAAAUGUUUCCGAAAUGAAUAUUUCGCAGUUUGAAUUGGCUAAGAGUAGUGUUGAUACAGAAAAAUAUAAACUAGAUACAUUAAAUGCAGAGUUACAAAAGUCUGAAAAAAGAAAUGUUCCUGUUUCUCUUGAUAAAACAAUAAAUAGUGUAGAAAACGUUCAAACCAAGUCAUCUGUAGACGUUGACAAUUUGGAUGUUUCUUCGCCAAGACCUAAGCCAUUACCAACAGAAAAACCUGCUCCGUCUACGUUAGAAAGGAGAAGACCAGUUGCUGCCCCUAGAAAUAUUACAAACAUAACGCAUAAUGCAGAUGAUACAGUUGAAUUACGUAAAAAAUCUGAUAGCAGCAAUGUAACAAAUUUAAAUGUAGGAGACAGAGCUAGUAAACCAGCAAUUCCUGAACGACCUGCUGGUUUGGUUCGUCCGUCAAGUCUCAUAAGACAACAACCGCGUCAGAGUAAUGAAAAUUUAGACACCGAAUCAGGACCCCUUACUUUGGAAAGGGCACACGUGUACUCUGUGGAUAAGCAACAGGUCAGUAUAAUACAAGUGCGUGGAAAUGGCAAUGUGUUGUGCAAUCCAGGAGAGAGCAAUGGCAACACAGCUUCGAACUUGCAGAGAAGUCCUAGUGUGGGUAGUCGACCUUCGUCUAUGUCUUUGUAUGGUGAACGACCAGAGAAACCUGCAAGACCAGAUGUCCCAGACCAGGCUAAGGCACAUUCAAGGACUAAAUCUGAAGGCAACAUUAUUGACGUUCAAACACAAACAGAAACUGUAGUUGUGCUUAAGUCACCACAACAACCUGUUCCAGCAUCCCCAAGAUUUCAUCAAAGGCCUCCUAGGCCACAACCACCACCACCUCCACCUCCUUCAACUCGGCCUAAAUCCGAACAAGAGAGUACUAAUCUUUAAAAAAUUCCAUCUAAAACGAUGGUCCUUGUAAUUAUCGAUAAAGCAAUUAAUGCAUCAUCGAUUAUUUUGCAUGUAAUGAUGAGAGGUGUCUUAGCGUAAUGCUAUAAUAUUGUGCGAUUAGAAAAACAAUUUCUAUGAACUUUAAAUGAAAUAUUUAUGUAACGCAUAACUCUUUAAAAAAUAUUAUACCUGAUUUGCAUAUCUUAACAAAUAUUUUUUUAUGGCUUAUCAAAUUUUAUACAUUUUGUUAAGAGAUCAAAUAUAUAAACUGAAAAUUAGCAUAAAUAUAAAAGAAAAAAA